AUGCAGAUUGCUAGAAGAAGAUUUCCACCAAGAGAAGGUCUAGAAAUGCCAACAAUCGAACCGAGCCGAACCGGCCGGAGAAACCACGGUUCGGGUCUAAGGACCAGGCUGGCUUGCACGUGCUCAGGCCGGCCUGGUUCGGCUCGGUGUGUACGUCAUGGUUAUAUGGUUCCAAGUAGAGAGAAGUUAAUGAGAAGAGCAAGUGAUGGAANCAGAGAGAUUCUCAAAAGAGCCUUAACGCCGCCUAGUCACCACCGUGUGAGCCACCACCACCGGUGGUGGAAUUUCCGACCAACUCCAAGUCGACUCUGUAAUAUGUCUUCUUCUUGA